CCUCUCCUGGGCUCUCCCCUCGGCCCUCCAUCCACUGUCUAGCAGGACAGAUGAUGGUGUCGCUGCCCUCUGCUCUCCUGGACUCCAUCCAGGUCGAAGAUCAGAUGAAUGGCUGGGUGUCUAUCUCCAGUGYCCCGGCGGCUUGUAGAUACAUCCUGCAGAUGAGUAMGGGUGGUGAAGUGAUCCUCCAUUCCCCUCUCCCUGCCUGCCAYAGCCAGGCUAUGGCCCUCAACCCACACCAGCUCUCCCUCCCCCUGAAGUUUUGGGACACAGUCCUGGGGCAAUACAGAACUCUGGAGCUCCAUUGCCCGUCAACUGUGACCCCACCACCCCACACACCUACCACCACCCUCCCACCRAUGACCCACAGCAGGCCUCCCACUCCCCCCAAGCCACACGUCUUCUGCUCUGCUCGCCACAUGAGGGUGGAGCUUCCCCCAGGUCCCAUAUCUGGAAUYGUUGUCAAGGACAUCGAAGGGAAUGAGAUGAGCCUGAAGGAUGCCCCAAAGCAUUGUGGGUAUGUGGCAAGCAAGGGAAAGGAUGGCAUGAUCACCCUGAACCUCCGCUUCAACUCCUGUCACAUGACUGUCCAGGGUAAAGAGCACCGCAUAGAUGUGAUUUACCCACAGUGUAACCUUCCCAGUGACCAGCGCCUCCCCUGCGGCCGCCGCCCUCUAUCCCAGGCAGGAUGUCUCUCUCUGGGCUGCUGCUACAGCACCAAGCCCUCUGCCUGCUACUACUCCAUGGAUGGAGGUAGGCCAAACAGUAAUCUACAUGGUGGAGAUCAUCAACACGUCCAGUCCAUCACCCUCAACUAUGGGACCAUCACCAGAGACUCUCCUAUCAGGCUGCUGGUAGAGUGCCAGUACACUCCUGGCUCUGUGGUGAGGUUUGGCUUCCUGGUAAGACCCCCUCCCUGGGCCCCUCCAUUCAGGCCCAGGGCGUGUUGGGGGUCCAGCUCAGGAUUGCCACAGACAUGCAGUACAGUAGCUUCUACCCCCAGUACCACCGGCCCYUGCAGAUGCUCUUGGGUAAACCCUUACACCUUGAGGUGCGUCUGCUCAACCCCCCAGAUGACAAAGUGGUCCUGCUGGUACACUACUGCGUGGCCUACCCCAGAUCAGGASAGACUGUCUGGGUACUCCUCUAUAAUGGGUACGCUGCAGGGUUACCUUUGA